GGUCCGCCCACCGGCACGACCAAACUCUGAGAUUUUCACUUUCUUGGUUUGAGGUGCCAGAGAUGCCCUUUUUUGUCAUUUUUUCCCAGCAUGACACUCCCGUCAUCGAUCGUGUUCCGUUAUCGCUUACCAUUCCGAGGGACCCGGAUGGGCAAGUCGAAGAGGAUCAUGAUGGAACAAACACAACGUUGUUAGUGCGCGCAACUAUUAGACUUAGUCUAAGAGACAGACGAGCCAACCGAUGCCGAUGUGGCCGCUUGCGUAGACCUGAUAUACACACAUGCCAUACACACCUACCACGACGGGUGAAUCAGUCCAGAAACGGAAGAGGCACGCAUUGGCUCGAACAGAGAGAGAGGAAACAGGAUGUCGCGUCGUUUGAGGUUCAACGGUUGAAAGAGUCAGGAUGGCACCAAGACACCAACGGCAUACCAACGGCCAACUUAAAUCCAACCUUAACAUGCCUUGAUCCUCCCCUCCUCUACAAGCUAUACAUAUGUACAUGCUUCCCUCCUCCCUCCCGUUGGUGCUUGUGCAGCCGCGGUACCUUGAGCGACAGCGCAUCACAACACGGCACCGCACUCUUUGAGAUCUUUCGAGAUCUGAUGAUCAUUGUGGGUGAGAGGCGUUUUGAUUUCAAAGACAGAUCUCAAAAUGUAGGUAAAUUGACACUUAUGGAUGGCAUUACCGUGUAAUGGGUAAUAAUGGUUCGAGACGGAUUGAGAUAUCUCCACAUCCAGAUACAGUAGUACCUACCUCUAUGCGAUGCAUGAACGGC